CAUUAAAGUGAAAAUAUUGAAAAAAAUAUUCUAUUUGACCAAUUUUCAAGUAUUGUCUUUUUUAGUAUUUGUUAAUUUUACUUACUGUAUAAAUAUGGCAUCUCGUAAUUUAUUUCUUCAUCUUCCAAUAAGAAACUGUUUUUCGACUCAUCACUGGAAUACAUCAAGAAAUCUCACAACAACAUUGAAAAUUUGUCAAUUGAAAAAAGACCAGGAUAGUGAGCAAGAUUGUCAUCAGCGUCAAGUCAAUGAUAAAUCACUCCUCAAAAGUAACCAAGUCAAAUUUGAAGAUCGAAUCUGGACUGUCCCUAAUGCUUUAUGUGUGUUGAGAAUCCUUGCUUCACCACUCGUUGCUUAUACUGUCAUCAAUAACAAACUAAUCGAGUCAGUAGCAAUAGUGGCUAUUGCUGGAUUAACGGACUUCGCCGAUGGAUACAUCGCACGACGCUUUGAAAGUCAACGAUCAGCUCUUGGUGGAAUCUUGGAUCCAAUAGCUGAUAAAAUCUUAAUUUCAACUCUUUAUUUAUCAGCCACAAUUAGUGGACAAUUACCAGUUUUUAUAACGUCCGUAGUGAUUGGCCGUGAUUUAUUGCUAAUACUUGGUGGAUCUGUAAUGCGUUACCAAAUGCUAACCAAACCUCGAACUAUUUUCGAUAUCUUUCGAUCAAAAGGACCGAAAAUGGAAGUAAAAUCAUCAACUUUAAGCAAAUGGAACACAACACUUCAGUUUAAUUUAAUAGCAUUUACAUUAGUCGCACCAAUUUUUAACAUCAGUGAAAGUCUUUUUUUAACCUACUUUCAGUAUCUUGUCGCCACCACAACAAUAGCAUCUGGCCUUGAUUACAUGUUCAACAGAAACAAUUAUAUCUCCCAAUUGAAACAAUAGAAAGAAACAGACAGAAGACAUUUGGACAAAAGUCGGAGAAAAUUCAGAAUGGCCGUCCACCUUUGGCAAAGAAACUUUGACCAUCCAAGUUUUUAUGGCAGAAAUUACAUUUGAAACAAGUUGAGUGAUAAUUGUUGUUACAUGCUUCCAACCACCGAUCACCAGCUUCAAUCGGGAACCCACAGGCAGUGCAUUUAGUUGUGAAUAAAUCGUUCCAAUCCUUUUCACAAUAUGGCAAACCAUCUUCUA